UCACUCCCCUAUUACCUAACGUAACUCAUGCCUUACCACGGUUCAGCUGUCGUUACGCCCUCCCGAUCAUCACACUUUUGCCGGUCCUUCACCUUGUCUGCUUAGAGCAACAACCCAUGUCUCCUCCAGCCACAUCCUUCGUUUCCCAAAUCCCCUCUGUUGAACUCAGUUUGACGAGCAGCCUACCCAUUCAAACCUCCCAUUGUACGGUUACAUCAUAGCAUAUCCGAAUGUGCACAGACACAUCGCUUCCGGCUCUCAUGCGGAUCGCUGAUUUUCUGCUCAGGAACCGUUUCCAAUUCAACUACCGGCACUGACGCCGAAGCCUCGUGGCUGCCGUCACACCUACGCUCUCCGCAAUGCUACCUCGGAGUCAGCUGCAAAUUCGCCGGAAUGGCCUGGUCGAGCUACAUGGAAUUCCGCCAAUCCUACGGCCCCUCCUUCGGACCUACCUCCUGGGCUAUGCUUCCGCUGUUGCUCCGAGAGUCCUUACGUUGCUGAUGCAAUACCUUACGAAAAAGCGCCGUCAAAUCGCAAAGGAGAACGGGUGCAUCGGGUUUGUGGCGCAACUGCGGCGGAUCGUCCUCGCCGGUCUAGACCCGCAACGGUUUCCAACCUUCUGUGCCUUGCUCGUUGGCGGCAGUACACUUUUAGAGGAGCCACUUCGACGUUUAUUUGAACGCAAUGCCAAAGGUCUUACAGAGGUGAUACGAACUAGACUCGCAAGAUGGGGCGCCACGUUUAUCGCUGCUUGGUUCAGUUUGCAGCUGUUGCAGUCCAAGAAGAGCUCGGCCUUUACAGGCACUGCUCCUGAGAAAUCUGAUAGCCCUCCUGGAGCUAAGCUCAAGGAGACUCGAUAUGGAGGACGAACUCUCGACUUGACGUUAUUCACAUUAACAAGAGCCCUGGAUGUUCUUGUUGGGGAAGUUUGGGCGCGAAGGCGAGCGCGCCGUGUAGCUAAAGGUAGUUGGACCAAGGCUGAGUGGAUUGUCGGCAGGUUCACUGACCCUUGCUUGUUCGUCACUUCGUGUGCUUUCAUCAUGUGGGCAUGGUUCUACCAUCCCGAAAGGCUCCCCAGCGGCUACAACAAAUGGAUCAGCUCGGCGGCAAACGUCGACAUGCGGCUGAUCGAGGCCCUCCAGAAGCUCCGUGCCAAUGAAAUGUCGUACGGCAAAAGUGGACAAGGAGAAUUGCUGCAAGGCAUGUGUGAGAAAUACGGAUGGCCGACCGAAUGGGGUGACCCAUCAAAGUCCAUACCCAUUCCGUGCGAGAUGGUGCACAUGGGCUGCGGUCCCUCGUGUGAACUUCACGCCAUCAGCCGCUUCUAUCGGUCGUGGAAGUGGUCCAUGGCCAUGUACUUGCCCCUGAGCGUGGCGCUUCUCCUGCGGGGGCCCAUCAACAGGAAGACCCUUGUACGGACUUUGCUAUCAUCAUCGAGGUCGGCGACGUUCUUGGGCGCAUAUAUCACUUUGUUCUAUUAUGGCGUCUGUCUCGCCCGUACCAGAAUCGGGCCUCAUAUCAUCGGCAAGGACCUGGCCGCGAGGCAAAAGAUGGACGCGGGAAUCUGUGUCCGCACGGGAUGCUGCCUCUGUGGCUGGAGCGUUCUCGUCGAGUCCGCCAGUCGUCGCAAAGACAUGGCGCUUUUCGUCGCCCCGCGGGCCAUGGCGACGCUGCUGCCUCGGCGAUACGGCAUGGACAAGCAGUGGAGGGAAACGCUCGUCUUCGCCGCCAGCACGGCUGUUGUUUUUACUUGUAUUCACGAGAACCAGACCCGUGUACGUGGCGUGCUAGGCGGUGUUUUGGGGAUGGUAUUGCGCAAUUAGAAAGAGAGUUUUGUGUUUCAUUGGCCAGUACACGCAAAUCAGCGUCGGAUAGGGGGUUCCAACACGGCAAAACAAAAACGAGUGGUUUGAAUAGAGACACUGAAGAUGGGUUAGAAUAUGGGUACACUUUCAUAUCUGGAUCCUUCUUGUUACAAUAAUGAGGCCAGGUAGAGCGAUUGGGGUCUGGUGCUAGAGUGUUAGCUAGUCUGAUGUAGUAGAACAAGAAACGCGGAAAGAUAUCGUGGUAUGCUUUCUGCUUCUCAGUA